AUGAUCCAAAGCCUACCAAAUGAAAUUAGCAAAUUGGUUAGCUUGAGAUACCUCCAUCUUUCAAAGCUUGAGAUAGAAUUACUUCCGAAAUCACUUUUUGACCUACCUAAUUUGCGAAUUUUAAGUUUGCUUCAUUGCAAAAAUCUUCAAAAGAUACCUGAACGAAUCCAUAAGCUUAAGAAGUUGCAGAUUUUAAAACUAGCUUAUUGCACAAAGCUUCAGCAGUUACCAAGAUCUAUAACAAGACUCAAAAACUUGGAAGAGCUUAAUGUGGAAGGUUGUUGUUUUUUGAGGAAGCUACCGGAGGAUUUGGUCAGUUUUAAAUCACUGAGAAUCCUCAACGUUGCAGGAUGUGCAUCUUUGUCUCAAAUUCCCCAUGGGAUCGAGCAAUCAAUUGGCCUUCGUAAGUUGUCAGGAAUAUUUGUUGGUGUCAAUGAAGGUUUUGAGCUCACACAGUUGCAAGCUUUAACAAAUCUUCAUGAAUUAAGAUUACGAAACAUAGAACGAACAGAGGAGACUCAAACUGAAGUGCUGAUGGGCCAACAAAGUCUUUGGGACUUGUCAUUACAUUGGGGUGGUGAAGAAAAAAAAGAAAGUUCUGAAUCAACUACAUCACUGCAGGUACUCGAAGCUCUUCGACCCAGCUUGCAGCUAAAAAGGCUAGAGAUCAUUUCUUAUAAGGGAGUGGAAUUUCCUACUUGGAUGAGUAAACAACAACUUGCUGGUUUCAAUUCUUUAGUUGAGGUCAGACUCAUCAAUCUCAAGAGGUGUGCUACGUUACCAUCACUUGGUCAGCUUGCUAAUCUUGGGAAACUUGAAAUAAGUGGCAUGGAUUUAAUAACACACUUAGAUGAUGCAUUCUAUGGUGAUGGCGACAUAUUUCCUAUGUUAACAGAACUAACUUUCUCAGAAAUGCUUGCACUAGAGAAAUGGUACAUGCCGAAAAGAAAAUAUAUUCGAUAUUUUUCAAAGCUUAGGCAAUUGUCAUUAAUUCAGUGCCCAAAACUCAAGGAAAUAAAUCUAUUUAUGGAUGCUGCAAUUAGAAUUUGGUUGAACAACGAGACAAUAUGGUCUGUUAAAUUUUGCAGUUGGCACAACCUCCAAAACAUUCAAAUAAUAGAGAUAGUCGGGUGCCAAGAGCUAAGGUGUCUGCCACAGGGUAUGCAAAGGUUGAAGCGUCUAUAUAAGAUGAUAAUUAACAGCUGUAACAAUUUGACGACUUUAGUAGCAUUGGAUUCACUUGAAGAAUUGAACAUAUAUGCUUGCCCAGUGCUAGCAUUCAACCUAGCAGCAUUUACAAAACUCAGGACGCUUACAAUUAAAGGUUGCCCAAAGAUGCAAAUGUGA